GCUUGACAGUUGCUGCACUUCAAUAUUUAUGUUGUGUCUUUGGUCUUAUUUCCUAAACAUAACAAAAUAAUCAGGGCAAGAAAAUUUCCUAAAUUGUGUCAUAAAUAUGUUAAAAUAGCUACGCUAUAUAAGUGUAAAAAUCGUAAAAAUGGCAUUCAAGCUGUGUAAAAUAUGCCUAUCGAACGAUGCAACGUUGUACAUUGAUAUUUUUGGGGAACUAAACUCAACGAAAAAUAUUUCCAACAUCAUUGAGACGCAUCUAAGUUUAGAGUUCAAACCAUCAAAUGAACAACAAGUAAUCUGCAACGAAUGCUGGAAUUCUUUGAAUGAAUUCAACAAUUUUUAUGAAACUGUUAAGCGAAUACACAAGACUAAUAAUGAAAAAUCGGACGCUAACAAAGACAUUCUGGGGGAAGAUCCGUUUAAAGACGAUUGUUCCGCUUAUGAUGAAAAGGGUUCGAACCCGAAAACAUGUAUCGAAAUAAAGGAAGAACCAAUCGAGGAGAUUCAAACCAAUAAAUUGGAAGUUCUGACUGUGGAUGAGCUGGAUAUAAAUGGUGAGAGCCAGUCUUCGCCAGUUACAUCGCGGAGGUCAACAAGAACUAAACGCAAACAUGUUGAUGUGAAAGAAGGGUCUGGGGUAACAACCAGAAGAUCCAAGAGGCGUACCGUUGAUAAUGAUAUUUUAUCGUCGGAGGACGAUAAUGUAUCUUUCUCGGCUUUAGACGAAUCUGACGAUGAUGAAGAUAAUAUAAAUCUGAGUGACUUGAGGGAACGCAUAUCAAAGAGCUCGAGUGAAUCGGAAGAUGAGGCAACGCAGGAAGAUUUUGACGGCGACGAUCCAGAUGUCGAUGGUCCUUCAAGGACGCGUAGAGCCAGGCGGAAGAAAGACACAAAACUGUUUGAGCACAUCGAUGAGUUUAUCUGCUAUGUGUGCCCGGAGAGAGUAGAGUUCGAUAGGUUUUACCACGCCACAAUGCACUACAAGGAGCACCAUAAGGAGCCAGCAUAUAUCAAGUGUAAAAUUUGUGGCAAACGAUGUUACACACCCGGAAAUUUCAUCAGUCACGUUGCAGUUCAUACAGAUCCUGAUAAGUAUAGGUGCCACAUAUGUGGCAAACAAAACGAUCAGCAAGUAGCCCUUGCCAAGCACAUGCGAAUCCAUCGCUCGGAAAUAGAGGAAAAGUUGUCCAUCUCUUGCCGAUUAUGUCCUCGGCGAUUUGCAACUGAGAAAAAACGUGAUCGUCACGAGGUGCAUCACAAUCGUAAACCAAUGGAGAAGCCACCCCGGAUCGUGGGUCGCGAUGAGGAAAUUCUGGACUUUUACAAGCGAAUCGCAUGCGAAAUUUGCGACCAGCAACGUAUGAUAGAUGUUAGCGUGCCGGAUGUCGAAUACGAUAAUAUCCCGGAUUUAAAAAAGCACAUGCGCGAGGCGCACAACGACAAAGGAUAUCUGAAGUGUCACAUAUGCGACAAAAAGUGUAGCAUUCGUUCGAUGUUGCUUAUCCACAAGGAUUUCCAUGUAAACCAGGAGAAGUACAGGUGUGAUAUUUGCGGCAAUAUAUAUCAGAAUUUAUCGAAACAUAAAGCAGGUGCGCACAUGUCCCCCUACGCUAUAUCUUUCUGCUGCGAGCACUGUGGUAAAGCUUUAACAAGUGAUAAAAGUCUGAAAUCCCACAUGGAGAGGAAGCAUACUGUCAAGGACGCAACUUGUGAUAUUUGCCAUAAACCGUUCAGCAAAAAUACUCUGGAGAGUCACAAAAGGGUUGUCCACGAAAGUGCUUCAUAUAUGUGUUCGCAUUGCCCCCGGAUGUUCAAAAGUAAAUUUUCUCUUAAUCGACACCAGGAUGAACACGAGGACAAAGUCAGAGAACGAGUGAAAUGCCAGAUAUGUGGCGUUACUUUCAAGCACAAAUACAUCCUGACGAAGCACAUCGAUUCAGUGCACACGACAGAGGCUCCUGUGGCUUGCGAUGUUUGCGGAAAAAAGUUUAAAUCCAAGCACCAUUUAUGGAGUCACAAGUCAGACACUUGUAAUAACCGAAGGUUCGAUUGUACCAUUUGCGGACGAGUGUUUAAGGUUAAGGUGCGAUUAACGGAACAUAUGACCACCCACACAGGGAAGAGCCUUUAUCAAUGUACGUUCUGCCCCAUGACAUUCAGUUUCCAGUCGAUUCUCUAUACUCACAGAAAAAAGGCCCAUUACGAACAGUGGCUAGAGCUGCAAGCUAAGCGCGAGGAGGGCGUCAAGUUCAAAGUGCAAGGAGCUCCAGGUUGAGCGCACUUAACGGACGUUUUAUUCGAAUUUUUGUAAAGAGAUUCUUCUGAGUUGCUUUCUUUAUAACAAUAAGUGGCCAAAUUUUAUAAAAAAAAUACAUCAGAUUAUUAGUCUGCAAGAA